CCGGCAGCUGGGCUAUCACUUUGCAAACCGGGCUAGCCAGCUGAGCCGCGGGAAAGGCGCGUGUCGGCUCUUCACUGGCGUAGCCUGCACGCUGCCUCCGCCCCGCCCCGUCCUGGUGGUGUCGCUGGCGCCGUAGCCGAACGAAGAGCGGCCUGGGCAUGGGCAGCAAGGUGGACGCGAGCGGCGCGUGUGCAGCUGCUGCGCGGCUGGUGACAGGAGUUUGCUGUAAAAUGGAGCUUCUGAUUGUAUUGGCUGGACUAUGGCUGUUCUCCUCAGUAAAGGCAGAUUCAAAAGCUAUUACAACCUCUCUCACAACAAAGUGGUUUUCUACGCCAUUGUUGUUAGAAGCCAGUGAGUUUUUAGCAGAAGACAGUCAAGAGAAAUUUUGGAAUUUUGUAGAAGCCAGUGAAAAUAUUGGAUCAUCAGAUCAUCACGGUAGUGAUUAUUCCUAUUACCAUGCAGUAUUGGAAGCUGCUUUUCAGUUUCUGUCACCUCUGCAGCAGAAUUUGUUGAAAUUCUGUCUGUCUCUUCGUUCCUACUCGGCAACAAUUCAAGCUUUCCAGCAGAUAGCAGCUGAUGAGCCUCCACCAGAAGGAUGUAAUUCAUUUUUUUCAGUACAUGGAAUGAAGACUUGUGAUUUUAAUACUUUUGAGACUCUUCUGCUCACAGCAUCUGAAAGACCCAAACCUUUAUUAUUUAAAGGAGAUCACAGAUAUCCUUCGUCUAAUCCUGAAAGCCCAGUGGUUAUUUUCUACUCUCAGAUUGGCUAUGAGGAAUUUGCUAAUUUCCACCGCCAACUUGUAUCCAAAAGCAAUGCGGGCAAAAUCAAUUACGUAUUCAGACAUUAUGUAUCUAACCCCAGGAAGGAGCCCAUUUACCUGUCUGGCUAUGGAGUGGAAUUGGCCAUUAAGAGCACUGAGUACAAGGCCAAGGAUGAUACUCAGGUGAAAGGAACUGAGGUAAACACCACAGUGAUUGGUGAAAAUGAUCCUAUUGAUGAAGUUCAAGGAUUUCUUUUUGGAAAACUAAGAGACCUGCACCCCGAUCUGAAGGAGCAGUUGAAGGAACUCAGAAAGCAUCUUGUUGAGAGCACUAAUGAAAUGGCACCUUUAAAAGUUUGGCAGUUGCAAGAUCUGAGUUUUCAGACGGCUGCUCGAAUCUUAUCUGCUCCUGUUGAGUUGGCUUUGGUGGUUAUGAAGGAUCUUAGUCAAAAUUUUCCUACUAAAGCCAGAGCAAUAACAAAAACAGCUGUGAGUUCAGAACUUAGAACUGAAGUGGAAGAGAAUCAGAAGUAUUUCAAGGGAACUUUAGGAUUACAGCCUGGAGAUUCAGCUCUCUUCAUCAAUGGACUUCACAUCGAUUUAGAUACACAGGAUAUAUUCAGUCUGUUUGAUGUGUUGAGGAAUGAAGCUCAUGUAAUGGAGGGUCUUCAUAGAUUGGGAAUAGAAGGCCUUUCUCUGCAUAAUGUGUUGAAGCUGAACAUCCAGCCCUCUGAGGCCGACUAUGCAGUAGACAUCAGGAGUCCUGCUAUUUCAUGGGUCAACAACCUGGAGGUUGAUAGCAGAUAUAAUUCAUGGCCUUCUAGUCUACAAGAGUUGCUUCGCCCCACCUUUCCUGGAGUUAUCCGGCAGAUAAGGAAAAACUUACAUAAUCUGGUUUUCAUAGUUGAUCCUGCACAUGAGAACACAGCAGAGUUGAUUAACACAGCUGAGAUGUUCCUCAGCAAUCAUAUCCCACUAAGAAUUGGCUUUAUCUUUGUGGUUAAUGACUCUGAAGAUGUCGACGGGAUGCAAGAUGCUGGAGUCGCUGUUCUUAGAGCAUAUAAUUACGUUGCCCAUGAAGUGGACGAUUACCAUGCCUUCCAGACUCUGACACACAUCUAUAACAAGGUGAGAACUGGAGAAAAAGUGAAAGUUGAACAUGUGGUCAGUGUCCUGGAAAAGAAAUAUCCGUAUGUAGAAGUGAACAGCAUUUUGGGGAUUGAUUCUGCUUAUGACCAAAAUCGGGAGGAAGCACGAGGCUACUAUGAGCAGACUGGACUGGGUCCCUUGCCUGUCGUUCUGUUCAAUGGGAUGCCCUUCGAAAAGGAACAGCUAGAUCCUGAUGAGUUGGAAACCAUCACCAUGCACAAAGUCCUGGAGACCACAACCUUCUUCCAAAGAGCAGUGUACUUGGGCGAACUGUCCCAUGAUCAAGAUGUGGUAGAGUAUAUUAUGAAUCAGCCAAACGUUGUUCCACGAAUCAAUUCCAGGAUUUUGACAGCUGAGCGAGAGUACCUGGAUUUAACAGCAAGUAAUAACUUCUUUGUGGAUGAUUAUGCUAGAUUCACUGUCUUGGAUUCCCAAGGCAGGACUGCGGCAGUAGCCAACAGUAUGAACUAUCUGACCAAGAAAGGAAUGUCCUCCAAGGAAAUCUAUGAUGAUUCUUUUAUCAGGCCAGUAACUUUUUGGAUUGUUGGGGAUUUUGAUAGACCUUCUGGACGGCAGUUAUUGUAUGAUGCUAUUAAACAUCAGAAAUCCAGUAACAAUGUUAGAAUAAGCAUUAUCAAUAAUCCUAGUGAAGAGAUACGCUAUGAAAACACUCAGAUCUCCAGAGCCAUCUGGGCAGCUCUCCAAACGCAGACCUCCAACUAUGCUAAAAAUUUCAUCACCAAAAUGGCCAAGGAGGAGGCUGCAGAGGCCCUGGCUGCGGGAGCCGACAUUGCGGAGUUCUCAGUCGGGGGCAUGGAUUUCAGUCUUUUUAAAGAGGUCUUUGAGUCUUCCAAAAUGGAUUUCAUUUUGUCUCAUGCCGUGUACUGCAGGGAUGUUCUGAAGCUGAAGAAGGGUCAGAGGGCCGUGAUCAGCAAUGGAAGGAUCAUCGGUCCCUUGGAGGACAGUGAGCUCUUUAAUCAAGAUGAUUUCCACCUCCUAGAAAACAUCAUCUUAAAAACUUCAGGACAGAAAAUAAAAUCACAUAUUCAGCAGCUUCGGGUAGAAGAAGAUGUGGCAAGCGACUUGGUCAUGAAGGUGGAUGCUCUCCUGUCAGCUCAACCAAAAGGAGAUGCAAGAAUUGAGUACCAGUUUUUUGAAGACAGACACAGUGCGGUUAAACUGAGGCCGAAGGAAGGGGAGACGUACUUCGAUGUGGUGGCUGUCGUCGACCCUGUCACCAGAGAAGCACAGAGGCUCGCCCCAUUACUCUUGGUUUUGACUCAGCUGAUAAACAUGAAUCUGAGAGUAUUUAUGAACUGCCAGUCUAAACUUUCCGAUAUGCCUUUAAAAAGCUUUUACCGUUAUGUCUUAGAACCAGAGAUUUCGUUCACGUCAGACAAUAGCUUUGCUAAGGGUCCAAUAGCAAAGUUUUUGGAUAUGCCUCAUUCUCCACUGUUCACUCUGAAUUUGAACACACCUGAGAGCUGGAUGGUAGAAUCUGUCAGAACACCAUAUGAUCUUGAUAAUAUUUAUUUAGAAGAGGUGGACAACAUAGUGGCUGCUGAGUAUGAGCUGGAAUACCUGUUACUAGAAGGUCAUUGUUAUGACAUCACCACCGGCCAACCUCCCCGAGGACUACAGUUCACUUUAGGAACUUCAGCCAACCCAGUCAUUGUAGAUACCAUUGUUAUGGCCAAUCUGGGCUACUUUCAGCUUAAAGCCAACCCAGGAGCUUGGAUUCUUAGACUUAGGAAGGGACGCUCUGAAGAUAUUUAUAGAAUCUACAGCCAUGACGGUACAGAUUCUCCUCCUGAUGCUCCUGAGGUUGUUAUUGUCCUCAACAACUUCAAAAGCAAAAUUAUUAAAGUGAAGGUUCAGAAGAAGGCAGACAUGGUGAAUGAAGACCUGCUGAGUGAUGGAACAAAUGAAAAUGAGUCUGGAUUUUGGGAUUCCUUCAAAUGGGGCUUCACGGGAGGACAGAAGACUGAGGAGGUGAAACAAGAUAAAGACGACAUAAUUAAUAUUUUCUCUGUUGCAUCUGGUCAUCUCUACGAAAGAUUUCUUCGCAUAAUGAUGCUGUCAGUGCUGAAGAACACCAAGACUCCUGUGAAAUUUUGGUUCUUGAAGAAUUAUUUGUCCCCCACAUUUAAGGAAUUCAUACCUUACAUGGCAAAUGAAUACAAUUUCCAGUAUGAACUUGUUCAGUACAAGUGGCCCCGAUGGCUUCAUCAGCAAACUGAAAAACAGCGCAUCAUUUGGGGUUACAAGAUCCUCUUUCUGGAUGUACUUUUUCCACUAGUUGUUGACAAAUUCCUGUUUGUGGAUGCUGAUCAGAUUGUACGCACAGAUCUGAAAGAGUUAAGAGAUUUCAAUUUGGAUGGUGCCCCUUAUGGUUACACCCCUUUCUGUGACAGCCGAAAAGAAAUGGAUGGCUACAGGUUCUGGAAGUCAGGGUACUGGGCCAGCCAUUUAGCUGGGCGAAAGUAUCACAUCAGUGCACUGUAUGUUGUGGAUCUGAAGAAGUUUAGGAAAAUAGCUGCUGGCGACAGACUCAGAGGACAGUACCAAGGUCUGAGUCAGGAUCCCAACAGCCUUUCAAAUCUUGAUCAAGAUUUACCCAAUAACAUGAUUCAUCAGGUGCCAAUUAAAUCCCUCCCUCAAGAAUGGCUUUGGUGUGAAACGUGGUGUGAUGAUGCAUCUAAGAAAAGGGCAAAAACCAUUGAUUUGUGUAAUAACCCAAUGACCAAAGAGCCCAAGUUGGAAGCAGCUGUGCGAAUUGUGCCCGAGUGGCAGGACUACGAUCAGGAGGUCAAACAGCUGCAGAGCCGCUUUCAGCAGGAGAAAGAAGCAGGAGCCCUCGAUAAGGAGCAGCCAGAAGCCCCCAGCCGUGGAGGACCUCAGAGACGUGAAGAGUUAUGAUCUCUGGAGGAGGAUAGGAAAUUGUACCAUUUGAAAAACAAUUUUUAUACUAAAUGCUAGUUUUUUCUGAUCUGUCUAUACAACUGCUGAUAAACUCACCGGGCAGGUGUGCCACCCCUUUUGAUUCUGAGAUUUGAUCUUGACUUCUGCAUAUUGAUUGGCGCUGGAUCUUUGGGGUUGAGGCUGUAUUGGAUUUGUACCUCAGAGGAAGACAAGUGGCUGCCGUUUCAGGACUCUGUAAAGAGCAGUGCUCUAACCAGAGCAGAAAAUGCAACAGCAACGGGAAGAAAACGUGUCCUUUGGUGCCCACUCCCAAGAGCACAGACAUGCUGCACUGUGACAGGGAGCAGGCCCGCCGCAGCCGCUGUGUUCUUCCGUACCUCAGUUUACCUGCAGCCUGUGCCCACCCUGCACUGGGCCAGGCUGGCAGAAGCUUUGUCCAAGGUCCGUACCCUUCAAGGUUUACGCCAAUGUGGGCCUUGUGCUGCCCCCUGCCUUCUCUUCCCAAGUGUUCGGUGCAUUGUUUGGCGGAAGGAAACCCAACCAGUUGGGGGUCUUCAGGGCUGGCUCGGUUCGGUGGCUAGGCAAAUUAAUUUGGGGCCAGGGUCAGGGUGGUCAGGGGUGAAAGUAGGGAAAAAUAUCAGGAGUAGGAGGGCUCUGGAGUGUUGGGGGAGGGGAGGAAGACCAGAAAUUGGCCAUUCUCUUUUAUAAACCGUUAGUACCAUUGUAGGUAUUUGACAAACAAAAAAACAUUACUCACCACCCAAUCCCAGUGAACUUUCUAGGCAAUUAUUGUGUAAACAAUUUUUGUAUUUGGCAGAGUCUUUUCUUUUCUUCCCACUUUCUAAAAAAGUCUGUUGUCAGUUUCCGUACUGGAUAUAGCCAUACUAAGACCCCUGUGACCAUCCCAGAGGGCUCAGGGUUUUCUCGGCACGGUCACUACAUCGUGUGUCCUCUCCUGCAUAGGAUUUUCUCUCAGACCCAGGGGACUGAUGGGUUGGACUUUUCUCUACAAAGUACUCCCAGGUCUCAGACCAGGAAAGAUUCUGAUUGUGGGACUCGUGAUUUUCUAUACACUAUUCUGUAUUCAUUUUUUUUUUCUUUUUUAGCACUAUGGGUUGCUUUGAGCACCCUUACCAGUUGCUGUUGAGUCCUUGGUUUUUGUGUCUUUACUUUGACUGCCCAGCAGUUGUCCCUUGUGGAGAGCAGCAUUUGCUGAAGACUGGGCUCUAGAGGCUUCGGGUGUGCUGUGGGCCCGGGUGUGCAUGAGGCUUCACGUCCUGGCUCCACCUCAGCCCAGGUGCGGGCACAGCAGCAGGAGCAGUGAGGAUUGGUCAUGCACCUGCCUUCUCAGGCACACAGGCCUUUGCUUUCCUAUUUUGCCUGCUUUUAAAAAAUACAAGGAUGGGCGAAGAUGGAUAUCUAAGCCCCCACUCUUCUAAGCCACAUAAUAUAUUGAUGUGCAGUCUUUUUAAAAAAACAUAUUUUUAUCACAAAUAUCAAGUAAUUUAUUUUUCCCAUUUUCAAAUACAAAAGUUAGCUUAGGAAAUGCAAAUGUUAACCAGUCAUAUUAAAGGAUAUUUUGCUUUCAUAAUUCCAUUAAAAAUUGGGCAGGGGAAAGCUUAACAGAGAUAAACUGAGUGGCUGUUGUUGAAGGCUGUAGCAUGGUGUCCUACCGUCCUGCCCCUCAUGUGAUCAGAACAGCUGAAGAGAGAGGAUUGGUGAGAUUAAAAAACAAUCAUUCAAGCUCCACAUUUAAUUAAGCCUUCAGAGAGGCUGCUGCUGUCUGCAGCCAUGGGCAGAAAUGUGCAUUUUCCCAGUGUGCGAUAUGGGAGGUUGAACAGGAGGUACUCAAGUCACUAGGAUGUGCUUUUAAAUUCUGGUUCCUGUGUGGCAGUCACCUUUCUGUGUGUCUUCCUACCAGCCUCUUGUAGUUCACAAGGAGCACAGUAAACCGUGUUCUUUGUGUGGUGUGUCUUGUUGCCCUUUACCUGUCACCACUCUGAUAGAAGUCAGCCUCAUAAUUGACUCUGAAUAAUGCGGAACCCACCUUGCUUCUAAAUGGCCUAGGACCCUCCUCCUGCUUUUCUUUUUUUGGUUCAUGUGUUAUAAUCACCUUUCAGAAUUAACUGAAUGCCCCAGGAAAUGAUGAGACCGCUAAAAUGGGGCCAUGGUCAGCUGUGUCUGUUGUCUCUGCUCUGAAAACACAUACUGUGACUGAAAAUUUAGGGAAGAAAUUUUUCCCCAAGGAGUAAGAAUUGAUUAUGUUGAAUGUUUAAGCUUCUGGAAACUGUUCACAGUGUGGUGUUCUUAGCCAUCACUUUUAUGUAAUGGAUUUUCUUUGCUCAAUUAUGCCACAGUGCAAGAUUUUCUUUCUGAAUAAAUGGCAGAGUACGAUGAAAUGUGUGCUGUGUCGGAGAGACAAGCAGCAAUGGGAGCCUGUUCCUGGGUUCCAUGAACAGUGACAUUUCAUUGGCAUCAAAGCCUGUCACGGCCUGCUGCCAGGGCUGUGGGGGCCUGCCCUGGCCAGGGUACUGAACGCUCACCACGUGGAGAGUGAGAGCAUGUUGGUUUUCCAUAAGAGAGAGAAAGUUGUGAAUCUGUCAAAAUACUGCAUUUCAAAGUGAACAUACAAAUGUUUGCAUAUCUACCAAGUACACAAGCAUCAUGAUGAACUCAGCUCUUGGGAGAGCAUAGAUUACAUAUAUUAUGUAUAUUAAGAAACAGUUUUCAUAAGUGGAACUUAAUUUACUGUGCCAUCCUGGUUAGAGCUUUGUUGUGGCUCUGCUUCAACGACAAACUUUGCUGUGGUUGUGGGGGUUGAUUCUCUGAGUGGAGGGCUGACAGCUAGUGCAGCUUUUGGAAGAAACCUGCCCAGGUGAUAAGGAGGAAAGAUGUCCCAUCAUUCCCUUCAGCCAGGAUCAUUGUUUAUUGACCUCAUAAUUUGGAACACGCCAGGGCACAGCCCUCAUCGCGAUGAGUGUAAAAUGACUCCAUUUCUCCCCACUUCCCCCGUAAGUAAAUUUAGAUACUUGGAAGCAAUCCUUUUCUAAAGCUGCCAUGUCUUUUUGCCCUGAAUGAUUAAAAGAAAUAAUUUAACUCAAGAGUUACAUGGACAAAAAAAAAAGUUACAAGGGAAUUCUAGUAUGUUAGAAUGUUAGUGUUCUAUGUUAUCAUUAUGGUUAUCGAAUUUCAUGGAAGUGGAAAUGUAUUGGUAACAGAACCUGAUGGAAACUUUCUUGGUAACAAAAAUGGAGAGUGAAUAAAAGAUGGAAGGUGAUUAUUGCAGAGUUAUUUAAAUGUAUAUUCCAUUUUUUUUAAAGUAUUUGAUUUUAUGGAGACUUUUUUGUGGGAUGAUGAGAGUUAAUCAACUUAAAUAGAGCUUGUCAUGUGUAGAGUUUGGUGGGGGUUACUUUUUUUUUUUAUUUAAUCCAUGUUUUCUUAUGGAAAAGUCUUAAUCAAGACCUUCAUAAUUAUCUGAUUGAAUUCAAGCAAAUUAAACACCAUUAACUUGGGUGGUUAUUGAAAUUUCAAAGCAUCUGGAGGAUACAUAUUUCUCAUUCAUUCUGUGGUCUUUCGUUUCUCUAAUAUACAAAGCAACAUUCUGGUUGGCAGUGGUGGUGGCAGCCAGUCAGAGUUGAGUGGAGGUUCUCCCUCCCUCUGGGUAUUGCUGAGUGCUGACAGUUUAUAAAAACAAACCACAGAGUCAGCUUAAAGAGUCUGCAUGCUCCCUAGAAGUAGUCCACAAAGUCUAAGCGCCAUGGUAAUGAUUCUGCAAGCAAGAGGUCCUUUCCUGAGUCUUUCCUAUUCACCCAGCAGCACAGAGGCUGAAUGGGACUCGAGUUAGUGUCUGGAGCUGAGGUCCCCAUCCUACCUGAAUUGUAUACGUUGCCUUACUUGUCACCAUGUAGAUUUCCAGAGAAGUGGGCAUAAUGCCUCUUAACAAAAAGCAAAAUAUGUUAACCUAAGGUUGACAAAAUGAGAACAAAAGGUUAUCGAGCACCAUGUUUUCCAACCAGUUAUCCAUGGAAAAAUGGAGAAAAUGGUAGAAUUUUUAAAGAAACUAUGUACUUUUAAAAAUCUUAUUUAUGAAUAUCCAAUUUUACUGUAAUCCUGUUCCAUUAAAUGCAACAUAGUGUCCAGGUGCUGCCCCUUGCUUGGGAACAGCAUUGGGGUCUUCAGUGUCUGCAGGGUGUCUGCACCUGAAGGGACUUGAGAAUGAAUUUCCUGGUACUGUAAUGAAAAUAAGGUCUGCUCAACACA